AUUAACAUGCCUCGCUUCUCGCUUAAACCUUUUAUUGCCCGCGUUCUGGUCAGCCCGCCCACCACCUCGCUCGCCGAAUCUACUGCAAUUGUCAAGCACUUACAGGUCUUUGGUCAUCCGGCCGCCUUCUCCAAAGCGAGUCAUCCUGCGGCUCAGAACGAUGAGCAUCAACAAGAGUUCGAUCUCGUCUACCUCUCCUCCGAGCAACUCCUCCACGCCUGUAGCUUAAGUCCAAUCACAAUUCGAGUGAAUCACGACCUCCCAGACCCAAGAAUUGUGGACCCUUACAACGUCCGAGGUCUACAAGAUAGGAGGCGCCCGUCCCCAAAAGCAUUUGUCUGCCGCGUCAGCAAGCGAGACAAUGAUUAUACCUACACUGGCCAAAAUUCACUCUCUGGAGGCUUUGCUCCGAGCAACAUGAGCAGGCUCUAUCAAAGCUUGCAAGAGACACAGGCUCCUGUCAGUCUAACUGAUGCAUUUGGUGCUUCCCCGGCUGGGGAUGGGCAUUUGGAAAAUCGCACUAGCCCCGCUCACAAGGAGCAUGAAAACUUGGCCUCCCUAUACCGUGACGACACCUCC